UGCUCCCUUCGGUGUGAAUUCCAGCAGCUCUCCCGUUCGUAUCAAUGCAAAUAAAACGGUAAACGGUGGAUUUUCCUUCUGCAGCCGAGGGAAGGAGAUGAGCCAACAUGUCUGAGGGCAGCAAGGGGAGCUCGCUGGCCUUUGGCCAGGUGGUAAUCGGCCCUCCGGGCUCUGGCAAGACAACGUACUGCCAUGGCAUGCAGGAGUUCAUGGGCAGGCUUGGGCGCAAGGUGACGGUGGUGAACCUGGACCCUGCCAACGAGACCAUGCCCUACCAAUGCUCCGUGGACAUCGCCGAGCUCAUCACCCUGCCCGACGUCAUGGAGAGCCUGAAGCUGGGGCCCAACGGGGGGUUGAUCUACUGCAUGGAGUACCUGGAGGCCAACUUCGACUGGCUGCAGGAGAAGCUGGCUGCGUUCAGGGGUCACUACUACUUGUUUGACUGCCCGGGGCAGGUGGAGCUCUACACCCACCACGAUGCCCUGAGGAACAUCUUCGCACAGUUGGUCAAGUGGAAUUUCAGGUUGGCUGCAGUGCACUUGGUGGAUUCUCACUACUGCACAGACCCUGGCAAGUUCAUCUCUGUUCUCUGCACCUCCCUGUCCACCAUGCUGCACGUGGAGCUGCCCCAUGUCAAUGUCCUCUCCAAGAUGGACCUGAUUGAGCAAUAUGGCAAACUGGCUUUCAACCUGGAUUAUUACACAGAGGUCCUGGACCUCUCCUAUCUGGUUGACCAUUUAGCUUCUGACCCCUUCUUCAGAAACUACCGCCGCCUCAAUGAGAAGCUGGUGGAGGUGAUUGAGGACUACAGCCUGGUGUCCUUCGUUCCACUCAAUGUCCAGGACAAGCAGAGCAUGCAGCAGGUGAUGCAGGCAGUGGACAAAGCCAAUGGCUAUUCCUUUGGAGACCAGGAGCACAGGAGCCUCGAAGCAUUGAUGUCGGCAGCAGUGGGAGCUGAUUUCCACUUCACUUCCACACUUGCAGUACAGGAGAGGUAUGUGCAAUCUCAGGACAAAGCUGUGGAAGAAGAAGUGAUGGAUCUGUAACACACCCACCCCUUCCACGGCUGCUCCCUGUUUUGACACCUCUCCUUUUCCUACCAGGAGCUUAAGGGAUCUCCGGGCCGUGUGACUCAGAUGAAGUGAAAGCUUUUCCAGGCAGAGGUCUGGCUGCUGGACUCCCUCUCUGUAAGGGUUUGACCUCUCGUGCUUCAGCCCUGCUGCACGGAGCAGUGUUUUUGCAGGAAGGUGAUGGAAAGCCAAGUCUUUCCUUAGGAGCACGAGAGAUUUAGGCAGGUGAAGGCAUGGGCAGCAGGAGAAGAGAAGCAAGAUAAGGAGACUGACCUCAGCUAUGUCUUCUCCUACCCAUCAUGACCAAGAGAGAUCCAAAGGAGGAAAAAAUCAGAUUGAGAUGUCGCUUCUGCAGUGAGACUUGAGGCAGAAGUCUGGGGUUUACUGCGUAGGAGGAGCAUGCACAGGCCUCGUGCUCAGAGUAACCAGGCUGAGAAGCCUCCAACCUGUCCCAAGGAGGACAGAGAAAGGGUUGUUUUUCUUUUCAAGUAAUGAUGGACUCUUUCUUAAUAAAACACUCCUUCAUCUCGCUUUCA